AGCAUAAGCAGCAGCCACAUAUUUUGCUGUGAAUUCAGGGUUGGCCUUACGCUUCAUGUUUAUGACAAUUUCAAUUGGGCUCAGCGCAGCUCGUCGCAAAACUAUUGAACUGAAGCGGUAUAAGGUUACAGUCGCUGGUAUUGUAGGGAAAACAUACUAGCCUCAACGCUGCGGCACUGUAUGUUCGCGCCAUAAGGACUUUGUUCGACGUGGACUUUGCUUGCUUCUGCUUCUCCAGCAGCGCAAAUUGCUGGGUGCCGCACAAUCAGUAUGUCGCAGUAACACAUUACAGCAGAGCUGACGAUCGCGGUGCCCCUAACCAUGGAGCCGCGGUCGAUUUCGCCUAUAUUCCUCCGCGGGAAGGACCCGUUCCCAGCACAGCGUGGCGUGCUCUUUCCAGCACAGCAACCGAGGUCUGUAUCGCCUCUGGCCCAGCAGUAUGCCGCUUCUGUACACUACAAGCUCCUAGCAGGGCUGCGUCCGCGCCCUCGCCCGGCGCCACCGCCGCAGCAGGCCCCCUCCUGGCUGCCGCCUGGUGCGUCUCUCAGCAAGGCAGCCGCGGCGCACAGGGCACACCGAGCAUCCAGCGCCCCCUACCAGCGCAAGCCGCCCCAGCAGCAGUCCAGCUCCGUCUCGCCUGGCCGCAGUGUAAGCCCUGGCACCAGCAGCGGCCACAAGCCUGGCGCGGGGCCCCGCAGCAGCUCCCUUAGCCCCCCCGGCGGCCACCCAGCCACGCUGCAGACGCCGUGGGGCCUGUACCACUCCCACGUGCUCGCUGCUGCCUCGUCCGCUGCAACUCCCGGUCUGUGGAACCCGGCUCGGUCGUCCAUUCUGCCCGCGCCGGCCGCGGCCAGCAGGUCCGCCGCCGCGGUUGGCGGCCCCUCCCGACCGCCGUUCGCGUCGCUGACCCCUUACGCAACUACAGGAGCGCUGCAAACGCCGGCGCCGCAGCUGGCCGGCGUGCCUGCCUGCGGCGGAGGGCCCACCGCCUCCGCGGAGGGUGCCGGCACCGGCAGCGGCAGCGGCGCUGCCACGCCGCCGUCGCUGGGGCCGCUGGAGCAGCUUGUCCGCAGCGCCCUGUCGCUGUCCGCCGCGGGCUACACGGAGGAGGAGCACCGACGCCACCAGCAGCUGCAGCUGCAGCACCAGCAGCACCAACAGCUGCAACCUAAACAGUUGCGCCGCCAGCAGCAGCAACGUGAUUAUGGGGCGUUGUCGGUGGCCGCGGCCGCGCCAAGGACAGCGUCUUCAGCAGCAGUUCGGGCGCCACAGGCCACAGAGCAGUGGCGGCCGCAACAGCAGGGGCGGGGGCAGGGGCAAGCGCCGCCACCGCGGGCAGCAAGCGCGCCGCGGCUGGCGCCCUGGCUGCUGACGGACUCCUACGACCCCCGCGCUGCUUCCUCGGCUACGGUGGCGGAAAAUGGCCUGCCGCUAACACCGCUGCCGCCAGCUGCAGCCUCACCGCACCAGCUGCAGCACCCUCCGCACCUGCCAGGGGAUGAGGGCGAGAGCUCGGCCGCAGCAGGCACUCCUAGUCCGGUGGGCGCUCUGCUGGCAGCCCUGGGGCGGCAUGGCAAGCCCGGCGCCGCCACAUCAUCCCAAAGCGCUGCUACCGGCGGCAGAACGACGGCCAGCUCCCGAGGUGUGACGCAGCUGCGGCCAGCGCACGCCCACCGCCCAGUCGCCAUCCCUGUCACACACCUGCAGCAGCUGCAGCAGAAGCAGAAGCAGCGGCAGGCGGCACAGCCCCAAGCCGGCUACGCGGCCGCUGAGCAGCCUCCCCACGCCUCGCCGCCUCGGGCUCAGCGGGAGCAGCAUGCACAGCAGCAGUCUAGCCCGGUGCAGUGCAGCCCGCGGGCAGCGGCCAGGGGACUGGCUCGAGGCGACGGCGCUGCGCCGUGGGUGGCAGCAGGAGCGCUUGAGCAGCAGGAGAAUCGUGGCGGCGGCGUGGCACGGGCUCUGUCGUACCAAUCACAGCACCAGGUGCCCGGCUCCUCCCCGCUUGCAGCCCGCCGAAGUGCUGUGAUUGUGCCGUCGGCCGGGGAGUUCGGGUCGCCGGGUUCCCUUGCGUCGCUGGACCUGCACGCCAUGCAGCCGACCUACCCUCAGCAGCAGCUGGCGCAGGCCCUGCAGCCCACCGUGCUACAGCCACACCAGCACUCGCGGCAACACCAGCAAGAGCAACCGCAGCAGCUUCCGCUGAGGCCACAGCAGGCCUGGCAGCCGCAGCCGCCGCAGCUGCAAUACCACCACCAGCCGCUACCGCAGCAACAGCAACAGCAGCAGCAGGUGUGGGGCCUGCAGCGGCCCGGCCAGCAUGCGGCUGUCAGUGCGCUUGCUGCCGACGGCGGCGCCAAGGGCCUGCAGCAGCCGUACCUGCCCUCCCAGCAGGCUCUAACGGACUUGGCUCCGGCUUCCCAGGGGCCCGAGCUCGUGUUGUGGCAGUCGGCCCCGCUGGCCGUACCCAUACCCCCGGAGUGGAUUGACGGGCUGUCCGAAUCAUCCACUUCCUCGGGCGCCCUGCUGCGACCGCAGCAGCGACAGCCGCAGAACGAUCGGCAGCAGCAGGACCCGCAGCAACAGCAGCAGCAGCAAGCGGCCGCGUGGCCGCCAGCAGGACCGCAGCCGCAGCCGGCGGCACUGCUGCAGCCGCUGGCUGCUGGGGCUGGGGCUGGGGCUGGGGCUGGGGCUGGGGCUGGGGCUGGGGCUGGGGCUGGGGCUGGGGCUGGCCGCAGCCCCCGCCCAGACCCCAGCCCGGGCCGCAGCCCUCGCCCCGAGCUCGAGCUGGACGCGCGAGUGCGCUACACCGCCUUUGACGCCGCCGCCAGCGCCAUCGCGGCGCGGCUGCUGGAUGACGCGCAGCAGGUGGCGCGAUGGCCAGAACGAGCUCGCAUGGCCCUGGCGCACCUCACCUCACCGCAGCCGCCCGGCUCUGGCGCCGUUGCGCCGGCUGCGCCGGCGGCGGGCGAGCCCGGGCGCUGGGCGACCGGCGUGCCUGGCGGCGCUGGAGCGAUAUUGGCUGCGGGAGGGUGUGUGGGAGCGGAUGGUAGCCAGGCGUUGCACGCGCCCGGGGACUCGGAUGCGCUGCUGGGAGCCUUCUCGCCUCGCUGGUCCGCUGGUGGGCGGUCCCGGGAGGCGGCGGCUACCAGCAGCAGCAGGACCCGGCGCCAGCAGCAACCGCAGUCUGGAGAGGCUAGCGAGGCGCCGCUGCCGUCGCCAGCGACAGAGGCCGUCAGCGCGUUCCUGGAGAGGUUGCACACGCAGUCGCAGUCGCCAUCACCGUCACCGCGGUCAGCAGGAGCGCCGUGGGCAGGGGCGGGAGAGGCGGCGGCGACGGCCGGUCGUGGCGUGGCGUGGGGCGAGGUGCAGUCGGCGGCGCCGGCGACAGCGGCGGCGCGGCCGCCCUUGCGGCUGGCUGCCUCGCCGGGGCUGAUGCAGCUGGCGGCCAGGGCGUUCGGGGGCUGGAAGCACCAGGUGGCGCUGCGGCGGCUGUUCAGGUACCUGGCGAGCGGGCGGCAGACGCGGGCGAUGGUGCAAGUGUUCGGCGCCUGGCACGACGUGGCGCUGGCACAGCAGACGCGGCGCGUCGCCACCGCCGCCGCACUCGGCCGCAAGCGCCGCGCCCGGCUCGCAGCGACAGCGCUUGCUGGUUGGCGGGCUGUGGCGUCAUCCUCGGCCCUUGCCCUGCGCGGCGCCGAGCACCGGGCGCGCUCCCACGCCGCCCGCGUGCUGCUGCAGCGCGCGAUGCGUGGCUGGGUGACGUACUGGGCGCGCCAGGCCUCGGUGCGGGUGCUGCUGAGCCACCGGGCGGCCGCCACCGCACGCGCCUGCCUGGAGGCGUGGCGCGACAUCGCAGCGGCGGUGGCGGAACACGCGGCGAUGGAGGUGGCGCAAGGCAGCGCGCCGCAGACGCUGCCGCACGUGCACCCGCAGCACCCGCACCCAGGGCAGCCCGGCGCCUGGACGCCGCGACAGGCGCUGCCGCUCCCGUACGCACAGCGGACACCGGCACCGGCACAACCCUGGCGGCAGCAGCCCCUUGGUGCCCCGGCGUAUGGGUCUCCUUUGCCUGUUGCUGCUGCCGCUGCCGCUGCGCGCCCACAGCACGUGCAGCCCAGGCAGCCCCAACCUCCGCCUCUGUCGCCCAUGCCGUCUGCUGAGGCGCGGGUGCAGGAGGCCUGGGAGGACGACUACGGUCGCGACGUGCACCGGCUGCUGCGCCUGCGGCACUGCUUCCGGUGCUGGCUGGCGCUGGCUGACCGGGGCAUGCAGGUGAUGCAGGCGCAGGCGGCGCUGCAGCAGCAGGCGCUAGUGGAGCUGGCGGAGGAGACGGCGCUGCGGGAAGCCGCCGACCUGCUCAGCCGCCACCGCUACCUCGCGCCCGCGCUGCAUGCCUGGCGGGCGCUGGCGGCUGCAAGCACGGCAGCGCGGGCGGGCGGAGAGGGCGCGGCGCUCGGCAGUGACAGCGGCGCGUCCUCGCCUGCGGCCGGUGGACCUGACCUGCAGCAGCACUAUAGGCCUGCUGAGGUGACUGGGGCGCUGUGGUCGGGGGUGGCAGCGAGCGCCGGUGCAGUUGCCGGCGACUUGGGCAGCGGAGGCCGCAGCCGGUUGCCGCUGCCGCGGCUGCCGCCGCCGGCACCCUCACCGGGGCAGGGCCUGCGCUUGUCCCCGCGGCAGGGCUCGCAAAGCCCGGCGGAUGUGGGCGCGCCAGCCACAGCCGGCAGCGCGGGUGGAGGCGUGCCCUCUGUCCGGGUCAGCUCGGGCGGCUCUGGCGGCCGGUCUGCACCCGCAUCCGCAGGCGGCGGCGCAAGUGCCGGCACGGGCGCGGGCGCGAGCGGCAGCCGCGCCUCCGCCGGCAGCACCCCACCCAGCAUGCAGCGCCCGCAGCUGCACGGCCUGCCUGUGUCCGAGUUGUGUCAGGUACUCGAGUCCGACCUGGAGUGGCUGACGGAGCGAUUCCUGACGCCCUCCGGCAGUGGCGCUGCAGGCCCUGGCAGCGGCGGCUGGCCGUGGGACGACGGGGCGGGCGGCGGCGGCAGCCUGGACCGGCGCUUGCGCUCCGCUUCCAUGGGUGGCGGUGUCACGCCGCCCUCGUCACGAGCCGAGGCGGCGCUUCGCACGGGCGCGCAGAGCGAGGGCGGGGCAGGUGCUGGUGUGGGUAUCGCGGCUGCAUGGGAGGCAAUGGAGCUGCAAGGGUCGGGGCGGGGCUGGGGCGGCGGUGCCAGCGCUGUCAGGCUCGGCCUCGAGGCUGUGCGGGAGGGCAGCGAUGAGGAGACGGAGGUGAUGGGGGCUGCGGCAUUGGAAUCGUCCCAGGGCGAGGGCUUCAGGGGGCCAGGCGAGCGUCAGCUUCAGACAGCGUUGGAGCCGCGGCUUCUGGGCUCGCUCUGGGCUGGCGCGGCCGACGGCGAGGGCCCCAUCGAGGUCACAUUUGGCGACAGCAGCACAGCCAGCGGCGGCAGCAGCCGGCGCCCCAGCGUCACAGGCACGGAGGUCUCGCUGGCGGAUGCCGCCACGCUCCGGGCCGGCCCGCCCGGGCCGCGUGCACAGUCGGCGCAGGCUCCUCAGGAGCAGGAGCACCAGGCUUGGCCGGCGUUGGCGGCAGGGGCGCAAGAAGACGACAGCCUGCCAGCAUUCGGACAUUAUGAGGUUGCAGUCGAGGGCUUGGGUGCAGCGGCUACUUGGUCGCAAGAGCCCCUGUCCAGAAUUUCUGGCGGGUUGCGAGCUGGUAGUGGUGGCGUUGGGCCGGGUUUCCAGCCGGCAGCAAAUGGAGUGCGCGGCGACCUCUUGGAGGAGCAGCAGGCCAGCGGCGGGCAGCAGCGCACCCAGCAGGCGGCGCACGACGGCCAGGAGCAGUACUCAGAGGGGCCGCAGCAGGGCUACGAGGAGCAGGGGUACGACGGCGACCAUGACCAACAGCACUUGGAGCCGGAAUCACUGGAGCAGUAUGAAGAAGCCCUCGAAGCUGAGGCCGAGGCGGAGGCGGAGGCGAUAGGGGAAGAAGCGGCGGAGGCGCCGGAGGAGGAGGAGCCGCCCGCUGUGUACGACGAGGAGUCGUGGCCACCCAUGGGGCGGUGGCAGGCGUCCCCCAUGAAGCGGCAGGACCGCACGCCGUACAAGCGGUACGUGGCGCUGCCGGGGCCGGCAGGCGUGCUGCGGCUGCGGUCGGAGCAGUAGUGUGUGUGGAGCAAGGCUGAUGUACAGCGAUCGUGGUGGAAUCUGGGAAGCAUUGUGGCAAAGUGGAUACGGUUUUGACAUAGUUACACGCAUCAUGGUGUGCUGGGUGGGUGUCUUGUUCGGUGCUGGGAAGCGUUGCAGGCGAGUGGUGUGGCGGGCGGCGAGGCUAGUGGGAUGUUGACGAUUGUUGAACGUGGUCUUGAGUGAUGGGAAGCACGGCUAGGCGCUGGAACGGGGGCUGUUCAAUUUUC